AUGGUACAAGCACAACAUGUACCAGUGCUUCAACAGUUCCAAACUGAAUCUCACAGGCUGCCCACUGGUCCACAGCCACAGAUAGCCGCUCUGGCCAAUCCAUGGGCUUCUCAAACCAACCCCAAUGCUGGUCUGAAUCCACUUCCUGCACAAUUUCAGUACUUGCCCUAUGCACAGCAACCCCAGUUCUCCUAUAGAGUGCCUGUGUUCCAGCCUGCAACAUCUCAGCAAUAUCCUGCUAAUGCAGUUCCAGCACAACUCACUUCACGGCCUUCAAGGCCAUUAACUGCACAAGCCAAACAACACAGACAAAAUGCCCCACAACUGAAUCCAAACCAGCCACAGCAGCAACAGGUUCCGUAUUUUUACAUGAUCCCACAGAUCCAACAACAAAUGACUGGAACAUAUGGUGGUUUGAGCUCUGAGGAACUUCAGCAUGUGGGGCACAUGGGUCGUGUUGGUAUGCACAUGCCUGUGCUGAGAGGCAAUGUUUUUCCUUUUGCUGCACCACAACCUGUUGUACCUGUUAGCUCAUUACAACCAGCCAAUACCUUCCACACCAAUACCUUCCACGCCACUGGAAUGGCCUACCCGGCCACUCCUGAGGUCCAGCCACCCAGUGUUGUUGCUUUGCCUGCCAGUGUGGAUGCAGUACCCGCAACAGGUGGAUCCCACCCAAAUAAUGGAAUGAUGACUAGUGAGAUCACUAGUCCGCAGGACCGUGAUCGAACACCAUGUGAUCAAGGCCAGUCUGCUGAAAACCCCUUACCCAACAAUGGAGAUUUGGUUUCUAGUCAUGUAACGUCCAUAUCAGUGCACAAGCCAGUCUUGCCCACUGCCCAGCCAGAUCCCCAUCACAGUGAUCCUAAUCCAGUUCCCUCUUUAUUCCCAACACCCGAGUACAAAGAGGCUUUUGUUCCCGAGACCCCACCAAUACUUUCCGAUACUAUUGAUGCCAACACUGAUGUUCUUCCGUAAGACAAAAUCUUUAAUGUUUACAUUGCAACAUUUACACUACUUUGCAUUUUGUAUCAUGAUAAUGUGCUGUUGGUUUAUGGAAUUUUUUUUUUUUUAUAUAUAUCUAUAAUGGCAUUUGGGUACUUAACAUGAAAUACUGUUGGGAAGUUUAUAUGUUCUGUGGUGUGAUAUGCUAUUCCAUAUAAACUAUUUUAAACUGCAUUUAGCUUAUUAUUGCAUUUUAUAAUUGUUACUUUUAUCAUGCGUGCAGUCUUCAUGACCUCAAUCUAAUUAAGUGACUGCAUGAAAUAUGUGUAGUUUUUAAAAUGAAAAAGGAAGAAGUCAAAAAUAAAUUAAUCUUAAAAAUGUAAAAGAGACCAGUUUGAAGACCUAAGAUAUACAAUUUCCUUACACAAUCAUAUACAUUUUAACCUAAAAUUUUUAUAAUAUUUUUGUUUUGUUUGUUUGUUGCUUGUUAUUU